CUUCUGAAAUAGAAACAAAGUUGGUCACAAAUCACAUUGGCUUUGCUCGAAGUUUUUUUUGUGUUGUUUUUUUUUUUUUUCCACCUUCUUUAGCAUGCGACCAUGGAGAAAGUGAUCACUGCUGUCAGGGAGGGAAGUCUGGGUGGUUUGGUGCGGAGGGAACGGCUGUAACUUCUACGUGACUAUGGUACCUGUUGAAAACACAGAGGGCCCCAGUCUGCUGAACCCGAAGGGGAGACCAGCGGAGACUGAUGGCAGCGACAGAGCCAGCAGCGGCAGGCAUCCUCCCUGGACCAGAGGUUGCGGCAUGUUUACUCUCCUGUCAUCUGUCACAGCUGCCGUCAGUGGCCUGCUGGUGGGUUAUGAACUUGGGAUCAUCUCCGGAGCUGUCCUUCAGAUAAGAACCUUAUUAGCCCUGACCUGCCAUGAGCAGGAAAUGUUUGUGAGCUCUCUCCUCAUCGGGGCCUUACUCACCUCUCUCACUGGAGGGGGCCUAAUCGACAGAUAUGGAAGAAGGGCUGCGAUCAUGCUGUCCUCCUGCCUGCUUGGACUUGGAAGCCUCGUGUUGAUCCUCAGCUUAUCUUAUGCCGUUCUGAUAAUGGGACGCAUUGCUGUAGGGGUGUCCAUUUCACUCUCUUCAAUUGCCACUUGUGUUUACAUCGCGGAGAUUGCCCCACAGCACAGAAGAGGUCUUCUUGUGUCCCUGAAUGAGCUGAUGAUUGUCAUUGGCAUCCUUUUUGCCUAUGUUUCAAAUUACGCAUUUGCUAAUGUUUCCCAUGGCUGGAAGUACAUGUUCGGUCUUGUUAUUCCUUUGGGAGUUUUGCAAGCAGUUGCAAUGUACUUUCUUCCUCCAAGUCCCCGGUUUUUGGUGAUGAAAGGACAGGAGGAAGCUGCUAGCAAGGUUCUGGGAAGGUUGCGUCCCAUCUCAGCCACAACAGAUGAACUCACUGUCAUCAAAUCUUCCCUGAAAGAUGAGUAUCAGUAUAGUUUCUGGGAUCUGUUUCGUUCGAAGGACAACAUGAGGACCAGAAUAAUAAUAGGGUUAACAUUGGUAUUUUUUGUACAAAUCACUGGUCAGCCAAACAUAUUAUUCUAUGCAUCAACUGUUUUGAAAUCUGUUGGCUUCCAAAGCAAUGAGGCAGCUAGCCUUGCCUCCACAGGGGUCGGGGUUGUCAAGGUCAUCAGCACCAUUCCAGCCACGCUUCUUGUAGACCAUGUUGGGAGCAAAACCUUCCUCUGUGUCGGCUCCUCCGUGAUGGCAGCCUCUUUGGUGACCAUGGGCAUCGUCAAUCUCAACAUCCACAUGAAUGUCACCAACAUCUGCAGAAGCCAUAGUCCUAUCAACCAGUCCUGGGAUGAGUCUGUGUUUUAUGGACCAAGAAACCUAUCAGCCAGCAACGACACUUUUAGAGAGCCCUUUAAGGGGAUCACUUCCCACAGCAGAAACUCCCUCAUGCCCACGAGAAAUGAUGUGGCUAAGAGAGGGGAGAUGACCUCGGCAUCCUUACCAAAUGCUGGACUGAGUCCAACUGAACACCAGAUAGUCACAGACCCUGCAGAAGUCCCACCUUUUUUGAAAUGGCUAUCCUUAGCCAGCUUGCUUGUUUAUGUUGCUGCUUUUUCAAUUGGUCUUGGACCGAUGCCCUGGCUGCUGCUCAGCGAGAUUUUCCCUGGUGGAAUCAGAGGACGAGCCAUGGCUUUAACUUCGAGCAUGAACUGGGGCAUCAACCUCCUCAUCUCUCUGACGUUUUUGACCGUGACUGAUCUCAUUGGUCUGCCCUGGGUGUGCUUUAUAUAUGCAAUCAUGAGUCUCGCAGCCCUGGCGUUUGUCGUUGUGUUUAUACCUGAGACAAAGGGAUGCUCUUUGGAACAGAUAUCAACGGAGCUGGCGAAGGCGAACUAUGUGAAAAACAACAUUUGUUUUAUGAGUCAUCACCAAGAGGAAUUAGUGCCAAAACAGCUUCAAAAAAGAAAACCCCAAGAGCAGCUAUUGGAGUGUAAAAAGCUGUGUGGUAGCGGACAGCCAAGGCAGCUUUCUCCAGAGGUCUAAUGGCCUCAAAACCUCACAAAUGCUGACACAGUAAGAGAACACUCAGUAGGGUGUCUUCAUACCAGUCUAUGUUGGCCACUCCCAUGUUUUGGCUUUAGUGCUAUGGAGCUAGUUUUAAAGGGACACCCUGUAAUUAUAAAGAUAACCUUUAAUCCCCACCCACAACAGGUAAAUGAGCUAUAAAGUACCAAGUGAUCUUUUUUACUCUAAGCAGAAUACCAUGUUGGAAAAAAAGAAAAAAAUACUGGCUGGUUUAAUGCUUUCUACCUUUUUCACAGAGCAGCCUUUGAAAGACUAUGAACUAGUGAUGAAUCACCUUUUGCCUUAAGCCAUUCGCAGCUUUAUUAUUCAGACAUGUAAGUGGUCUAAACAGGAGCUUAGAGUUUUUUGUCUACUAAGACACUACUUGCACAGGGUCUUGUGUUAAAAAAACAACAACAAACCACGACAUAAUGUGGACAACUGCACAUAUGUUCUAGAUUAGGAUAGGGUCCUGGCUCGGAUUUUAGCGAUAAUUCCUAAUUACAGUUUAAUAAGUACAGAGUGUGUAUCUUAUUUUACGAAUCAUGAACUGUUAUAUAAUAUAAUGCAAAAUAUUUUUUACCAAUUUCAUAUUAGUAUUAUAAAAUAUUGUAAGAAAUAAUUCUGCAAUAGUUGAAAAAAGUAAGUAUUUUCCCAUCCUUUUAAAAAAAUAUGAAUAGAGAAGACAAUUUCAAAAUCCUGGGACCAUAUUUAUUUAGAAAUAGCUGUUAGUAAAACUCAGGAGUCAGGCCAUUAGGUUAUUUUUCCAAAUCUCUAAGCAAUUAGGUCUGGCUUAUUAGGCUAAGCUUAUAAAAUUCUCUUUGUAUGGCAAUCAUAACUUAACAGCGACCCAGUUUCCUGCAAUUCUUUGUACUCCUCAGGCUUAUCACUACCUCAGGUUAUGGCAUACAGGCUAUAAUCGAUGCUGACUCUCAGACGACUGCAGACAUCAUCAAUGACAUUAGGACAUCAGGACAAUUCCCUACGUUCUUCUCUAUGAUGGAACAGAUGGCCAGCUGUACCAGAAACUUGGGUUUUCACCCACACAACAAUGGGUUGCUCUCGUAUUUCUCCAGUUGAAUUUAAGACUUGGUGAGGCAUUUCACCCACAAAAUUUGGAUAUGACAGAAAAUCUACAAUAAAGAAUCUCAAACCACUUAAGUAGUAACCCAUUAAAUUACUAAUAUUAUAAGCUAUGGAAGAUAUAAAAAACAAAGUAUGAACAAUCUAACUUGACAAGGAAUGCAAAAAUAGGUUAUAUGAUUAACCUGAAGAGAAUCCUAAAAAUCAAAACCCCUUUUUAUUCAGCUUGGAAUGCUCCUACUGGCCCAAAACAAAUGUCCUAAGUUUUAUAUAAGGGUAUAGGAUAUAUAUUUCCUUGUAACAAAAUGGAAGACUUUAAUCGAUGCAAGGAAUAGUAAAACUGUAUUAUCAGAUUGAGAAGAAUGAUUAAAUGUCCUGGUUCUGAAACGUACUAUCUCAAUUUUGAGGAAAGGAGGGGAAACUUUUGAGGAAGGGAGUUUUGAGAUCUUAAUUUUGCCAUGGUUAUUUGAUAUGCAAAUCAGAGCAUGCAAUGUUUUUAUUCAUUUGUUUUGGAAGGAAAAGGUAAGGUGUGUUCUGUAGUGUUAAUUUAAGAAAUUCAUUAUGAAUCUUUGGUGGAAUUAUGUGCUGAGACUUUUUUAAAAACCGAGACAGGUAAUCAUGAAAUUUUUUUUCUCUGCCAAGCAUCACAGAAUGAAGUUCAAACACUACAUAUACUUUAGCUGUUUCUUGGUUUAGCCAUUCGUUGUCAAUUGGCAGGAAACUGUAUAUAAGCCUAUUAGGUUUAUUACUAGUGAUUUCAACCUCAGUGUCUUAAAACACUUCUAUUUUUCUUUUAUAAUCCUGUCUAUACCUAAAUAAUUCUGUCUUCACACUAAUUUUUACACAAUGCACCUCCAAUCAGAGCUGUGUGAUUUUCAAAAAUAAAAAAGGGGGAAUACUUAAAAUUUGUAUGUAUAUAUUCACAGUUUUUAUUUAUAAAAAAAUUUACAGCACUUGUGAAAAGCCAGCAGAAGACAUCAGGCACGCUCAUUUCUUACCAGCUUUGUUAAGUUUUGUAGGUUAUUCGUGACACUUUGCUAGGUAAUGCUCAUGUAGCAGCCCUGAAACCAGACCCGGUCAGAUUGUCUUUCUUCCUCUUUUCUGAGAAAGCAUUUUGACGAGCUACUGAUCUACCUACCUAGUUUUCAAGUCACUCGAAUACUGAAAAUGUUAGGACAUUUUGGACCUAUACCUCGGCCAUAUAAUCAUGUUUUCCCCCCUUUUCUAUAUCUCUUUUUUUGGGACACAGCAAAACAAGAGGUCACUUAUUAAUUACUGUCAAUUAAAACUAAGUGGAAAAUCUCAAAAAUUUAAAGAUCUUCUCAGAACCUGUAGCUUUUUCAUUGAAUUUCAUUCUCUAUUAUUUUAUGAGGUUAUCUCUUCUACUGGAACUUUAAAUGAAGCAAAUAAACACAACUUAAAAAAAAAGAGAGAACGGAACUCUGAAAAUCACAAUCAAGUCUUUCACAAGAAAGAAAAUAUAAAAGUUAGCCUUUGCCCCCUGCAUAUGAGGGAGAGGCAGGGUAGGGGAAAGCAUCAGGAAGAUAAAAAUAAACAUAAAAUGGUAUGUAUUUUUCAGUGCAGUGCUUAAGCUAGGUUUUCAAGACUUUAUAACAUGGUAAGGAAAAAGAAUAUGGAGGUUAAGAUGUUGCAAUUUUUCACAGAGGUUUCAAAACAUUUUGGAAAUUCAGGUUUUAGUGGAAAAUUGCGUUAGAAUAUUGUCUCUCCUAACUGAGGCGCUUAUUUGACUCUUCACUCAGUUUUAUUUCUAGGUAAAAUCACUGUUGGUUGUACCAAACUCCUAAACGCAGCGGCACAGCAAAACAGCAGCUUGAUCUGGUGUCGACAUCCGGGGCUCCUGGGUGCCCAGACAGCCACUGCUUCACCAAUGCAUAUGUAUUGUCACUUUCAGAGUAGACACCCGUAUACUGACUAGUCACUCUUUAGCUCCAUUAAAUAAGACACAGUAUGGGGAGAGACAUAGCUUGCAAAAUGGCUUUGAAGUUCAAGUUGAACUAUUAUAAUGAUACUGUGGCACAGAGGCAGCUUGUGGACACUUCUUGUUAAAA